GGGGGGAAGAAGGGACACAGGAGCUGGGAGAGAAAAAUCAGAGGUUCUCUCUUUCCUCUCCUCUCUCGCCCUCUUCUUUUCUCUCCACCAGACCCUUAAAAGCCCCUUUGUUUUGUGGCACCACAAACCAGAGGGAUUUCAUCAUUUGACCCCCAGGGGGCCUGUUAUUUUCUAAGGGUAAGUCACCCUCUUCUAAAAACCAGAGGCCUCCUCUCCACCAAACUGACCACCGUCCCCCCGCCCUUUUAAGAUCGACGGGGUCUGCCACCCUGUUACUCCUGUUUUUGCCGGCCUGCCAGCUUAUCACCUCCUGUGGAUAGUUCCUCAAAUUGGACAUGUGGCGCCUUAAGGGGCUUCUGAUCUUUGGGACAAGGAGAGGGCCACAAGAUUCCCUUCAUUCCCAUUAAAGGAUGCCUGCCCUCUGCCUCUCUCCUCUCUUCCCUGCAGCCACUCUCUGUUCCCUGAGCUCUCCAGUCCCUGCCCAGGCCUGACUUAGGAGAGCCUUCACAGGUUUGAGAGCAAAGAGGACAGAGAGCUUGGUGUCCUCACCUUGAUUUGAAGAUGAAUCUCCCCAAGAAUGAUGAGGCAUUGGUAUCCCUUGGAAAGGAGACUCCGGUCAGUUCCCAAAGGAUCCUCAGCAUCCUUUAAGAUACCAAUAUAUUUUGGAGGCAUAGCUUCCCCACGCUCCCACUCUGGACAAGGCAAAUGAGUUGAGUAAGGUGCAGAGGAAGAGUGCAGCAGGGGCAGAAUCUGACCUGGGGCCUCCUGGGAAACCCCAUUGCCAUGUGCCCUGGCCUCCCUCCAACGCCGCCUCCUUCUCUCAGAAACCCCAGACCACCAGGCCCGACUUGAAGAUUUUUUUUUUUGCUCCCUUCCAUGUCAGCUCUGCAAACUCUGAUAAAGAAACGUGUGGGGCUGGUGUCCCAGGGACAUCUGCUGGGCAUAUCUAGACAGAUUUUCCGGAAUGGCAAAAAGAAGCCCGAGGCGGGGGUGCCCACUUCCUCCCCAGAGACCAAAACCCUUGAAGGGUCUGGUCUCCUCCUCUAAGCAGCUCCUGAAGACCCUCCGGCUGGGUUUUCCUCUUCUCUACUUUAGGUUGUCUGGGCAAUGGUCUCCCUUAAAACCCAACAAGGAUGUGUUGGGGGAGGGGGUGAGAGGUGGGAAGGGGUUUCUGGUGCAAGGAGCUUCUUCUCCUUUGCUAUAGCCCCCCCUCUCACCCCCCCCCCCCCCCGCCCUGCCCUUCCCUCCAAGAUGUUCUUUGGGAAAGCUGUUCCCCAGUCUGGAGGACUCUUCUCUCCCUUCUCACCCACUUGCUUCCCCUCCCCGGCUGAGCCCAGGCCUCAACCUUGUGAGCUACAGGCUGGUACCCUCUGGCCAGAUCCUUAUGCCCAUCCUUGCAACUGCCCAGCACCCUCAACCCCGGGCAGGGCGGAGGAGGCAGCCAGGGAUUGAGGCCGCACUUGCCCUUUCCCCCCCCAAGGCCAGCCUGACCAGCACCCUGCAGACAAUUUGAUUUUGAUUUUUUUUGUUUUGUUUUAUUUGGUUAUUUUGUUUUGUUUUGGUUUGUUUCUCUGCGCCACGGGGCGGAGGAAGUAUAAAGAAGUGUAAACAGGAAAGCCAGCCGGCCCUGGAGUUCUUAGCGCCCAUAUUUCAUCGGCGGCUUCCUCUCCAUAACUGCAGCACGGACACUUAACCCUUCCCUGGCUGUGAGAAUGUAUUCCUUGGGGGUGGUGGGGACAGGGUGUGGGGGCAAGAUCCAAGUAGAAGCUGCUUUCCCCGGCCCGGUUCCUUUAUCCCUGGGGUCUGAAUGCUGGGGCAGAAGCCAAGGAUUUGGAGCAAGAGAGAAAACAGACCGCUCUCCCAAACUCAACCCCUUCCAGGGCAGUGAGGAGAAGGCUCUCCCUGCAUGAGCUUUUCAGCCUGGGGACCAACUGGAUCGACCAAGGAGGACAGAGCUAGGGAGAACCCCUCCCAUGCUUUAGGGUCACUCUCUCCAUUUUUGGAGUUUCUAGAAGUAAUCAGAUUUCGAGGCUGGGAUCUGCCCACAGCAGGAUUUAUCGAUUGCUGCAGCGCUGUUACACAUCCAUAUUAAUUAACCCAGACACCGGCCUGGAAACUGAGCUGCUUGGGGAGGAGGAGGAGGGGAGAAAUAGGGGCCCCUUAAGGAAAAUGGACAUUUCUCCCUAAGUGCCCCCAGGGCCCAGAUUGGAGAGUCCUUCUCCACCAGAAUCCUGUGGCCUUCCCCAAGCUUGAUGUCCCCGCACUUCUCAGCAGGGGCAAGCGUGCCUUCCUCCCCACAGUCAGAAUCCACACACAAAUAUUCUCAGGGGUGGAAUUAAACACCCCUCAGGCCUGACUCUUGCUUGUCAGAGGUAGGCUGCCCCAGCCCUCCAAGGGAUGGAUCCUUUGGUGGAUAUUCGCAGCACGACCUUUCUAGAGGGCUUCACGCCUCCUCCCCACCUUCCUUCCAACUUCCUCCAGGUAGAAGCUUUUUUAUGGUUUGGGGGCUUGUUUUGUUUUUAGUGUUUGGUGGUGGUGGUGGUGCUGGUGAUGGCCUUCCCCUUCGUCUUCCCCCUCCCUCCAAAAAGUGAUUAAAAUCUGUUAAAGGAUUUAAUUAAGACAGUUAAAUGAAAAGGAAGGAGGCACAAAUGAGUUGGGGGAAAAAACCCACACCAAAGCUAUUCUCAACGAUUAAAUCGCCAUUUUAACAAUAUAAUGGAGUUUGCAUCCUGAAAGGGGAAAUCAACGCUCAUAUCUCAUCAAUAAUUCAUAGAGUCCGGGAUCACGCAGAGGUCAGCAGACGGGGCCGAAGCGCCGGCCUGCUUGGGGCUCCGAGCCGCUGGAGCCGCUGCCGCAUACAUUACGCGCCGCGGGCCGCGCUGCCUCCACCUCCGCGGCGGCUUGGGCCGGGGACGCGCCUGCCGACAGGUUUAGGCUGAUUUUCGGAUUUUUCGUUCUUCCUUUUGGUGAAUUUACUGAGACCCAGAUUUCGGGCUCCCAGAGGAUGUGGGGGAUUUAGGAGACGGGAGAGGACUGGACUUGGGAGCGAUUUGGGACCGGUCGCACCUGGCAUGUCACCACCUUUCCAAGUUUUAAUCUCUUCUCCACCUUUUUUUUCUCCGUUUCCCUGUUUCAGGCGUCUUCUGUCCUGUCUCUUCUCUCCCCACAUUUCCACUUGAAGAGGAAGAUGCACUCGCUGCAGCUUCUAGCUUCUCUUCCCCGGGGAAGAGGCUCCCAGGCUGCCCGGCCGGGUUCUGGCCUUGCAGUCUGCGUGGUUACGGGCUGAGCCCACAUAGCUGUGGCCCUGGUUUCGGCCUCUGAGCCUUGAGGCUGUCUUUGCUUAUAGCGAUCCCUGACCUUGGAGCCCUGUGGGGUAGGGAUGAAUGUGCCCAGGGAGGAAAGGGAUCUCGCAGGCCCCCGUCCGGCUUGCCUGGUCAAGAUGACCCUGGGCCAGGUGGGAAGGGAAGGAUUCAGCUCGGAAGGCAGCAUCUGGAGGAAAAGUAGAGGGAAAGUGCCAGCAUGUGAGAACAUCUCCCCUUGGAGCUUGAAGGCGGGAUGCAGGAUAAUCUCUCUAUUUUGGAAAUUCUGCAGGCUUGUUCCAUUCUCUGUGUUUGUGCCUCUCUCAUUUGCUCUCUUCUGUUUUCUGACUCCCAACGGGCCCCUAGGGAAGGAGGAAGGAAACCUGUCCCUGUGAGAGGUGGGGUCCUGAGAGGGGAUAUUUGGGCACAAGGGAAACCGAAAGAGCGCAGGUCGCCCGUAUGGCCUCUGCGCUGGCCGAGAAGCAGAGGCUGUAACGUCCCCGAGCUGCCAGUAGAGUCCGCCUUAGACCAAGUUCACAGCCAGGCUGGGGCCUCUGAGGCGCCAGCGAGCGGCCGUGCAAGGUGGCCCCGGGCCCGCUGGGUCUCGCACGGCCUGGACACUGAGCUCUCUUUCCAGCCCUUUGGGGACUGUGGCUCCCUCCGCUCUUAAGGAACCCUUGCUCCAAGCUCUCUCCACUCUUCACCCCAGAAACUCCCUCCUCCAGGUCAGCCGACGCGUCUUACCGCGACCUGUGUGUCCCCACGCCCAGCACCCGCGGCCCCACUCGGGGACAAGAAUGGAGAGGAUGGGUCAUCCAAAGCCUUUCCAGGCACUCCACAGGAGAGACCGGUGGAAAUGCGGGAAGUGGGGUCGAUGCAGGAAGUGGGGUGGCGUUUUUGUUUUUGUUUUUGUUUUUUUCCGAAGGAGCUAUUUAAUAAUCAAGACUCCUCUUCCCCAGUGCUAAGGCCCUUAGUGGAGGUUGGGGACGGUGGUGAGCGGGGGAGGGGCACGAAAAGCGUUUUUGCGCUUGGAUUUCUGCAGCCGGCGCAGCAGAAUGAGACCCUGGGCCUUGAGGCCAGUGUUAUUGCCAGAGGGGUCGCAAAGUUGGAGGGUCAAAAGUUUAUAGCGUGCGUGAGCGGGCGGCGGCGUCUAGCGGCGGGGGCGGGCUGGGCAAGGGGAGGAGGCUGUGUGAGUGGAGGGAGAAGCGAGGGAGCAAGGGGUGCUGGAGGUAUGGGAGACGUGUGCUUGGGGAGUGGGGGAGCAGAAGUGGGGUGGAGAGACUGACACCUGGGAAGGGAGACACUGGAGUAGAGGAGAAACCUUUCUCCAAACCCCGGAGCUGGUGGGGUGGGGGAGCCGCACAAAAGAGCGCUGGGGGCAUGGAAUCCUCUGCGCAAUUUUCUCUCCCAAAGAUAACCUUUGAGUCACCAUAUAAAAUUUAAUUAAAACCUACCCAGCCGCACACAUUAAAAAAAAAAAAAAAUCCAAUUACCCACACGUCCUUGCAGGACAUUUGAUGGGGCCAAAGAAGGCUUCCAAGGUGAAGGCCUGAUUCUCACCAACAUCAGCCCCACCCUGCCUCCCCUAAAGGGGCCAAACAGCUGACUCCCCCAACUCCCCCUUUGCCCCCAGGCAGGCCUGUUUUUCAGGGUUUCCUAGCCCCCAGGCUGGGUCCAGGCAGCUGGAGUCCAUGACUCCUAUGGGCUAGGACUGGAGGGUUUCUGAACUCCCAUUCCUCUUUCCAAAUUGCUUGGGUUUAAGAAGGUGGAUAUUGAAAGAAGGCUGGCUUGCUAAUCCUCGCACUCUCCCAAACCUCCACUUGUGUGUUCAUCCAGAAUCCCUCUCUUCCUAAGUGGAGGAGGGAGGGGAAAUGAGAAGGAAAAAUACUGAAUGGCCUCACAGAGAUCUUUUUAACUGGAGUUGAAACAAGCGACCUGAAAUGAACUUCCAAUCCAUGCAUUAGGCUGCGCUCAUAAGUAACAUGUUUACAGGGACUCUGUAAUUAUAACACCAGGGCAUAUGCCUAUUUUUGGUCUUUAAAUGAGUGUUUGUUGUGUUAUGAAAUGUCUUCAUCUUCUGUUCUAAGCAUUGGGUAUAGGAGGUGCGCUGUGGGUGUUUGUCCUGAGAGUUUUCAUAAAGAUGCCUUUUGAAAUAUGGCCGGAAGAGACAACAACUUAAUGGCAGAUUUUACAUCAAUUUGCCCCAGUUUUUGCCUAACCAGUUGGGUGUGGGUCCCCAUUUCUACUCAGCCUUGGGACACGUUUCUCUGAGGAGUCAGGCCAGGAAGGAAUUCCUGAAGUCCAGAAGGGGUAGAGGUCAAAGCCUGAACAGGAACUCCUGUGCCUCCUCUGUGUCUUCUUCCUCCUUUCCAGGACAGAAUGCUAGCAAAUUUAUGGUUCUGUGGACUAGCCUGGAGCAGCCAAAGGGCCUGGGCUGGAGAGGCCUCGGGAAGGGGAAAAGAGAGUCCUCAGCCAUCCUGGCCAAACCAGGUGUUUGGGGAUGUUCUCUCCCAUCUCCCUGGGCUAGGGGGGUAUAUCUCCCUGCAGACACUCGCCCUAGACUUAAACUGGGUGGAAGGGGAGUCACCUGAUCUACCUCUGCUGGUCCGUUGGAGGCUGGAGAAAGGGGAAAAUGUGUUGUUGACAAUCCACCAAUUCUAAUCCUUGAGAGACAAAUCAAAGAAAGUCUCUGAGUAUUUUUAAUGCCUCCUUGCUUUAUUCCAGUACCUCCUUGUGGUGGUGAUGGGGGUAGGUAAAAAGAGUUACUGUAUAGAUGAGAAGUGGUUUUAAACAAAAAACGGGGGAGGGGGGAGUGGAGUAUUGUUUUGUUUUCAAAGGGAAAUUAAGGCCUCUGAAAGCCAAGUCCCAAGCUUUGACCAGCACAGUCCAGCUCCUCUCUCAGGGUUCUCUGUCUUUCCCAAAUGUGCUGGCCUAUGGACCAAUUCUCACUCCCAUGAGGUGGAGGACUCAUGCCUGGGGCCCUGGAGCCUCCAAAGUUUGGGCAGAAAGGGGGCUAUCUCUGGCACUGGGGAAUGGAAUAAAGCAGAUUGAGUAUGCAAGGGGGUGGGCAUACAGGCCCUACCAAUGCAGCCAUUUAAUAGUGAAGGCAGGAGGGAAGGGGGCUCCGGCUCAGGCCUGCUCUCAGGCACCCAGAUCCCGAAGGCCGCUUCUCCAGGUGCCAUCCUCCCUCAUAGGCCCCAAAAGGAGCCCCUGUGGAAUCAUCCUACCCUCUCCCACUUUUCCCUGGGAACCAGAACUGGCAAAAAUACAGGAGUGAUGGAAUAUCAAGGUGAAGGUGGGGCAGGCUGAGCCCUAUCAGAAUGGGACUUUUUUGGGGGUGGGGGUUGGGUGAAGGGAAGAGAAGGUUCUGGCAAAAAAAAAAAAAAAAAAGUAGAGCUGGGGAGGAUGAGCUGAAUCAAAUUCCUGCUCCGUCAUUUUUCUCCCAAGUAAUGACCUGCGCAAAAUUCAAUAUGACCGAGCGAACUGCGCCAGCGUAUUAUAGUAACUGCCUGCUCGUGGGGGAGGCCCGGAGAGGGGUGAACCGUAGGUCACAGCGUCUAAAAAUUAUUAAAAUGUUCGAGAGCCUCGUGACGCGCCUAGCUGUUUAACAAAGACUGACAAAGUAUGAGAUUAAUACGAAAACUUGCGCCUCAAAAACAAAAACACAUCAAAAAAAAAAAAAAAAAGUCUUGUUCCGGCCUCCAAGGAGGCCCGGAGCUGCUGUGCCCGCAGCCGCGGUUCGGUUUUCCGGACACACAAUAGUGGACAAGAGCGAGCUCCUCUGUGGCCGAUCGGGCCCGAGGGCGGGUCUGCGGCCGGGAGGGCCGGUGAGUACUCUUGCCCGCUCCCUCUCUGGGCCUUCCACUCCUCGGUGCGGCCUCCGGUGCGCGGGCCGGCUGGGGGCUCGCCUCCUCGACCCUUCGGUUUCUCUCCCUCGCUCUGUGCCCUCUCCCGGGCGACAAAAGGUAGACGGAUUCCGUGCGGGCUGGGCACGCCCGGGACAGCGAAGGGGGCUGAGCAGUGAGAGGUCACUCUAGCAACCUGUGGCUGCCCGGGGGGGAAGGCGGCCGGCGAGCCAGCGAGCGAGCGGGGAGUACAGGGGAGGUGGCUCAGGAUGCGCGCGCAAAGCUUUUUGCUUUUUCUUAUUUUUAUUAUGACUACUCCUGUUAGCAUUCUUUUGAGGGUGGAAGGGAGAGGCAUCCCCCGGUUUUGGUGAAAUCCGUCUAGGGAGUGGCUGAUAAACCUUGUCGUCCACCCAUCGCUGCUGCACUCGGCUGGUGUGGGGGGGGGGGGUGCGGCGCCUCGGUGGGAUGGGCAGGUGGCGGCUCCCAGCGCGCAGAAGAGAAAAUCUCUGCGCUCUGUCCCUAAGAUCAGCCAUACCCAGCCCCGCAGUGUCUCUGUCUCCCAUACCUCUCUCUUGGGGUGCUCCGAGCACCUGGGCUGCAUCCUUUGUGAAGUGCAGAGCAACAGAGAGUCCCGGUGGCCGGCCUAGCGGCCCUCCCCAAAUUCGGAAAAGCCGACUGAGUUGGACGGGUUUCAGAGAGCGAGCGAGUUGAGAAGGACAGGAGGUAUGGGGUGGGGGAGGGGCCUGGCCAGUUGGAAUGGGUCGUGGAACCCCUGACUAACUGGCCUUUGAUAAGACUUGGAAAGAUCCCUGCUUGAGGUCGCGGGGCUGGUGGGGGUCCUACCCAGGCAUUUUGUCUGUGGGCCCAGGGCCAGACUCUAGUAGUCUCUCUAGGUGCCCAUGUGGGGGGGUCUAUUGGACCCUCUCUUGGCAAAGAUCAUUAAAAUAUAAGUGUGGUGUGGGGUGGGGUGUGUGUGUGUGUGUGUGUGUGUGUGUGUGUGUGUGUGAUUUUUCAAAUAUAUGCAAGUCAGCCUGGCUGGGCUGGGAGAGUGUUGUUGUUAGAAAUCAGGCCCGGAGGCCAAAAUUGGCAAUCUGGAUUUAGGAUAGAAAAUCAGAGGGUCUCUGGACAUAGUUUCUGGCAAGUGGGAGCACUCCUCCUACCCACCUGCAAGGGUCCCAGAAUUGUGGAUGGGCAGAGACUUCUGGAAUGUGAUGGUUAGAGGGUUGUUUGUGUGUGUGUGUGUGUUAUCGCUGUAUUCGUUAAUGAAAUUGAUAUGAUUCUGACUUGCUCACCAGGGAUGCAAGUAUUUCUCAGGGAGAUGGGUAGGGAGUCUGGGCAAGGCGGAGGCUUUCUCUGCGCCAAUUCCCCUAACCCUGUGCUGGCCCUCAGCAUUCAGUCUAGGACCCGGUUCCCUCCAGCCCAGUCCCCAGUCUCCCAGUUUAGUAUAUUCAGCAGUUACUGGGACCGUCAGGAAGUUCAUUCAGAAACCCCAGGUUCCCCCAGGUUUCCCAGAUCCCCAUUUUGGUCGCACUGCCAGCGACCCUAGCAGGUGGCAGAAUGAGCAAAUUUAGACAGAGAGAGUCUGCCUGGGGCUAGGGAGGUGGGAGAAGCGGGGUUCCUCGCACACUUCAGGGAUUAUCCCCCUUUUCUGGCCCCAGGAGGUAUGGGAGUUUGGGAGGGGCCAGAAUAUCAUCUGGCUGCAUCUUUUAUGGUUCCUCAUUGCCCUUCAUUCGGAAAUGAAACGCCUUUGAUCUUUUUCUCAGGUUGUAAAUGGAAUUGCCCGUCAUUAAAUAUCCGGGGCCCCAUCUGUUUGGUCUCCCAGCAUUUUUCUUUACAGCUGUUUCUCUCUCUUUUUACCAUUGAAUUUUUCCAAAAGGACUUUUAUGACACCUCCUUCACACCCAGCCGCCUCUCCCUCCUCCCUUUGCUGAGAGGCGCCUUGGAAAAUAUCUAGAUAUUCGUUUGAUGGCAAACGAAAGGCUUCGAGCGGCAUGGAGGAACCGAUUGGGGUUUUGUUUUUCUUAAAAAAAAAAAUAAAAGUCCUGGGGGGAGGGGAGGGGCGCGAGGGCACCCAGAAGGGCCUGAUUCUGACUAUGCUGCAGCCUCAGGAUGACCCUUCCUCCUUUUGUGCUUAGCUAAUGUUUACAUCUCAUAAUUCAUGCGCCGCCCAGGGUUGCACCGCGGCCGCGAGGUUCGCGUCCCUUUGCGGAACCGGCGGUUUCAAUUUCUCUCUGAUAGAAGAGAAAGAGAGUUGAAAACCUUGUAAUCCCCAAAAUGGACCCGCAGUGCCUUUUCCUGCUCCCAGAACUCAAAAGUAGAACAAAACGAAAUAAAAUCAAAGCACUGAAAUCACACCCCAAACGAGAAGAAGGCGCGCAAAGUGGGAGAACUGGAAAAUUUCUGGGCCAAGAAGAUCUGUCUGUCUUCUGUAUAUACCCUGUAGAUCCGAAUUUGUGUAAGGAAUUUUGUGGUCACAAAUUCGUAUCUAGGGGAAUAUGUAGUUGACAUAAACACUCCGCUCAUUUUUUUCCCGAAGAAAAAAAAAAUUUUUUUUUCCCAAAUGAGGACUAUCCGGUGACUGACCACACGAAGACUCCUUCCUUUUUCUUUCUUCUUUCUUUUCCUCCCUUACUGGUUAGAGACAGAGGAAUCAUCUACCUGAAUUCUCCCCCGCCUGCCCCUGGAAGGCUUGGUCCCUUUUCGCUUCUCUUAAUAGGUUAAUAUUGCUGGUGGUGUUUUAAUUUUAUUCUCUCCCUCAAGCCCACUAAUUCUCUACUCUGGGAUCAGGGAGGCUUUACUGAAAAUCCGGGGGGGGGGGCGGGGAACGACUAUCGUCGUCAGUGGGCGAAGGCACAGAAAAUCGCUUUUCAAACGGAUGUUGAGGUCUCCUUUUCGUUUGGGAUCAGAACAAGAGGGCCUGGAAAUAUGCAGUUACGAAGGGGUGUUAUUCUGUGUGUGGGUCACCCCCAGGGCUCCUACCCCCAGCAUCAUAAGGAUGUGAGAUUUCUCUGCACUGCAGAGGCGGCUGCAUUAGCGGCAAUUAGAAAGUCUGCACACCGUGAUUAGCAUUGCUCCGGUGGUUUUGGAAUUAGCAAAUUGCUAUUCAGUGUGCUCUCAAAAGUUGCAAGAUUUUUACUCCAGCGCUCGUGUUCAGUGUGAGAAACCAAGUCAUUUCUCCCCGCUUGGGCCGCGUUGGGCACGGGGAGGAGUGGGUAGGAGAAGGGAACGGAAGGACUGACUGACACAACCAAACUAAUAGCGCAGCGAAAUGCGAUUUGGAAGGCGAGGUCUCCCCGAAUUAGUGCAUGAAUUUCCUAUCGAUCCGCCCGCGGUUCCAUUCAUCUCUGACAAGUCCCUCCGUGCACCCGCCUGCUUGCUCCCGACGCCUCCUCUCUCACUCCCUACCCCUCCCCAGGCGACUGCAGAGAAAAGCCCCAUGCUCAGUGCCUCUCGCCCCCAAUGUGGGUUCCCUUCUCCAGGCAGAGCCCCCAGGCUGUCUCUCACUUAACUCCCCACACAGACUCCUGGGCUCCUCGCCGUCCUGAGGAGGGGAUGGGGGCCUAUGGAAGGCAGAGAAUGCGGGGUGGAGGCGAGGCAGGACAGGAGGGGCUGCACCGGGAGCCCCAACUUCCGAGGGGAUCCGGGAUUGUUCUCUGCCCAGCGCCCCAACAGGCCCUCCAGCGGCAACCUGCCCUGUUCCUCUCCCUCUCUCUCUCCUUCUCUGUCUCUCUCUCUCUGAUCCCGGAGAGAGCCUGGCGAGGAGGCGGUCGCCCCGCAGGAGCCCUAUGUAAAUCCUGGUGUUGGGUGGGUGGGGAGGGGGAAAGAGAAGAAGGGGAAAUAAACCUCUUUGGCUGGAGUAGGGUCCGGGUGAGCAGAUUUCCUUAUCCGGGAAUCGCAGGCGGGGCGGCCAUUGGCUCCGGGGAUCACGUGGGCCCCUAACUUUGUUCACUUGACAGUAAGUAGGAGGGCUUUCGGAAACAGGAAAACGAGUCAGGGGUCGGAAUAAAUUUUAGUAUAUUUUGUGGGCAAUUCCCAGAAAUUAAUGGCUAUGAGUUCUUUUUUGAUCAACUCAAACUAUGUCGACCCCAAGUUCCCUCCGUGCGAGGAAUAUUCACAGAGCGAUUACCUACCCAGCGAGCACUCGCCGGGGUACUACGCCGGCGGCCAGAGGCGAGAGAGCGGCUUCCAGCCGGAGGCGGGCUUCGGGCGGCGCGCGGCGUGCACCGUGCAGCGCUACGCGGCCUGCCGGGACCCCGGGCCCCCGCCGCCUCCGCCGCCGCCCCCGCCGCCCCCGCCACCGCCCGGGCUGUCCCCUCGGGCUCCUGCGCCGCCGCCCUCCGGGGCCCUCCUCCCGGAGCCCGGCCAGCGCUGCGAGGCGGUCAGCAGCAGCCCCCCGCCGCCUCCCUGCGCCCAGAACCCCCUGCACCCCAGCCCGUCCCACUCCGCGUGCAAAGAGCCCGUCGUCUACCCCUGGAUGCGCAAAGUUCACGUGAGCACGGUAAACCCCAAUUACGCCGGCGGGGAGCCCAAGCGCUCUCGGACAGCCUACACUCGCCAGCAGGUCUUGGAACUGGAGAAGGAAUUUCACUACAACCGCUACCUGACGCGGCGCCGGAGGGUGGAGAUCGCCCACGCGCUCUGUCUCUCCGAGCGCCAGAUCAAGAUCUGGUUCCAGAACCGGCGCAUGAAGUGGAAAAAAGACCACAAGUUGCCCAACACCAAGAUCCGCUCGGGUGGCACCGCAGGCGCAGCCGGAGGGCCCCCUGGCCGGCCCAACGGAGGCCACCCCGCGCUCUAGUGCCCCCCGCGCGGGAGCCGCGAACCUCGGGGCGGGGGUGGGUUGUGAGCGCUGGGCGGGGGGGGGGGGGAGCGGCAGGGGGAGAUGCGGGAGGGGACCCUGGGGCCUGGGUCCGCAAAAGCUACCUGCCCUCCCCCUACUUUAUCUAUUACACGAAUAAACGCAGAGGAGGGGGAGGGGAAGCUUUAUUUAUAGAAAUGACAAUAGGGAGCCAGGCGAGGCCCCCCAGAAGCAAGGUUCAAGUCUCUUGCUUUCUUCCUUAAAAAAAAAAAAGAAGAAGAAGAAGAAAAAGAAGAAGAAGAAGGAAGAAAGAAAAAGACAGAGAAAUAGGAGGCUGCACUCCUCGUUUUCAGCUUUGGCGAAGAUGGAUCCACGUUUCAUCUUUAAUCACGCCAGGCCCAGGCCCAUCUGUCUUGUUUACUCUGCCGCGGAGAGGACGGGCCUCGGUGGCGACCAUUACCUCGACACCCGGCUAACAAAUGAGGCCCGGCUCCGACGCCGCCGCCUCUGCUGCUGCCGCUGCUGGAAGACAGCCUGGAUUUUCUUUCUUUGUCCCCCAUUCCUGACACCCAGCGAAAGCACCCUGUGACUGCCAGAUAGCGCAGUGUUUUGGCCACGGUAACACACACACACACACACACACACACACACACACACCCUCCUCCCCCUCGGUGCUCCUCCAUGGGCACACUGACUGCUCACCCCCUUCCACCAAUGGGUGGGGUGGGGGGCAGCAGCAGGAAGGGGACACGUGGAGGUGGGGGGUGGCCUUGGCACCGCAGGACCAGGCAGGGAAAUUGAGUCCAACAGAAAAGAGACCUGGAGACCUGAGAGGGCCUUCUUCUGGAAGGUCAAGCCAUUCCUGGCAGAGUGAGGGGCCAGCUGAGUUCUGGAAGCUGGGCACAACCCUCUGGCCAAUUGAGUUGUGCAGCCAGGCCUUCUCUCCUCCGCUGCAAAUGAAUGUGAGACUAGCACAGAAAAUGUGGUGGGGCCUCCCGGUCUGGGAGACAUAUUGCAGAGAUCUCUCCCAUAGUUUAUCAUUGUUUUGCAUUGAUUAUUAUUAUUAUUAUUAAUUAUUAUUAUUAUUAUUAUUUUAUGUCAUGCGCGUCCUGUCUCCUGUUCUCUCUCUGACAUUCCAAACCAGGUCCCUUCCUAGUUCUGGGGCUGCCUGAGUCUAGAACCCUUCGUUGGCGUGAAAAUUUUGUGUCCUGUACAGAGUGACAAUAGAAAUAAAUGUUUGGUUUCUUGUGACCA